AUGUUCGUAUAUGAUCCCAACUUUUUAGAUUUUUCAAUCCCCGCUGCCCGAACUUGGGCUGCUUGGACAGGACGCGGCCACUUGUCUCGAGUCUAUCGAACAAAAGGAAUAACCCGUCGCAGCAAAACAAAGAAAAACCUUUCUGAGUGUUACCGCCUGAUUGCUAUCAGGUCAAAGCACGCGUCUAUCGAUAUAAAACCCUAUCUGGAAGGGAAGCAAUACGGCAAAUCCUGCACCCCAGUUACCCAAGCUCUAUCGUCUACUCAUAUGAUGCGGACGUCCACCGGCAAACACACACGCCGUACUUCGAAGCCAAUCCUCCCACCUUGUCUCACAUUAGUCCAGCCCAAAUCCACCGUCAAAUGGCGAUGGUACACCCGUCGACUCCCCAAGCGGCCUCCCGUCCCAUUCAUCUUUCCACCUCCUGGUACCUCUACCAGGCGUCACCGCCAUCAUACCAGAUGCGAGAGAAAAGCAACAAAAGAGAAAUCAGACGAUGAUGACGAUGACAACGACGAAAUGGAAGUUCCACCAGUGCCGCCGGUAGUGGUGUGGAGCGAGUCCGUUGUGAGGAUGCUCAUGGGUUCGCUUGACGUACUUACUCCCCCUUCCUCGCCAGCUCCUGUCCGCGAGGAUACGUCUGCACUAGGGCUAUCGAGCUUCCCUGGAUCAUACUUUCCGCAAGUCGAUGAUGAAGCGAAGGUUUAA